AUGGCGAACCACGAGGCCGCGGAGGCCGCUUCCAUCCGCAACGAGGCCCGGGAGAUUCUAAACCUCCACUACGACGGCCAGCACGAGGCUGCGGUGGCCCGCGCCGUAGUGCUCGCCGCCGUGCACCCGGGCUCCGCGGUCGCUCUCAACCUCGCCGGCUUGAUCCACCGCCACGCCUUCCUCGUGGCGCGGAACGACAGGGGCGUCCACAGCGACGACGAAGACGACGACGAGAACGCGUCCGCGCUGGAGAAGUACCACCGCCAGGCCGCCCUCGACGCCUUCUCCGCCGCUGCGCGGCUCGCCCCCAGCUGCGUCGUCACCAACGCCGACCACGCCGACGCGCUCGCCGACUGCCGUCGCUUCGAGGACGCGCAGAAGGAGUUUCUCCGCAUGCUCGACACGGUCGCCAACAACGACCAAGCCGACCCGGCGCUGUACAACGUGGUGUACGACAUGAGCGGGGACUCAAGCAUGAAGGAGAGAAGGCGCGAUGCCGUGAAGAGCGCCAGCAUCUCGAUGGAGCGCUUCGCGGAAAGAAUCAACCACAGGAUUCUGCCAUUGGAGGCCGCCAAGCUGCUGGACGCCAGCAAUCUCGGCGGGCCUGCCGCCGAUGAAGCGCGAGACCGUGCAAGGCUUCUCGCCGAGACCUACCCCUACUCGCCGCGCGCCCAGAUACUCCGCGCGUACAUCGACUUGGCACCAGUCCGUGCCCUCGAUCCGGCAAUGGACAAGAAGCAGCUUCUGCGCCGCGCGCUCACCACCGUGUCUCAAGCGGCAGAAAACUUCGACCACUCGCUCAUGGUUGCCUUGUUCCACGCCAAGCUCUUGUUCGUCCUGGAUAACUUUGAUGCUGCGGAGAGAGAGUGCCGCCGGGCACUUCGCAUCGAGACGCCGAAUGACCCCAAGUGGGAUGACAUACCUCCCAUGGCUGCUCUUGGGGCAGAUUCUGAUGCCAGAGUAUCUUAUGUCAAGAAGCAGCUCAGUGUCUUGCUCAAGCAGAUCAUAGUUGUGGCUGCACUAUACUGGUCCUCCAUGAAGAAUGCACCGCAGGGCCAACGCGUUGUAUCAGUGACGGUUGAUACGCUGCAUGCGCACUAUGAUGGAAUCGACAAGUCGGCAGCAAAGACCAUUUCUGAUGCAACGCGCUUUCUCAAGAAUCAGGAGUCAUGGAUUUCAAACACUAGUUCGCUCUGGCAACACAUAUGCAGCAAGCACCGAGAUGAGCUCUGGGGGAAGCUGCAGUCACUUAUAGAUCCAGUAUAUUAUGAGAAUACAUCACAGGAUGAUCACUCGUUGGUUGGGAUAACUCUCAGCCGCCAGUCUGACACCUUCCUUUUACCAAGGGUGCAGGAUAUGUUUGAAUCCUUGCUGCUUUCACCAUCUGUUGGAAUACAGGCAGAGCCCUUCACUGAAAUGCGACAAAGGAAAUGCAGAGAAGGAUCUGAGAUCCUUGGGAGCAUCAGGGAGAAGCUGAGGAUGUUGCCUAAAGAUACACUUAGCACUAAGUUUCAGGAGUGCUGUUCUCGAAUAGAGAAAUUGUGGCUAAAGUUUCUUCAAGUUACUGUUGUGGACUAUCGUGAAAUCAUUCUUCCCCUUGCAAGAUCAUACCAAUGGAUAGAAUUGAAGAAACGGAUUCCUUUUUAUCUAAAUCAUCCUGGUACCAGGCGUCUUGGAUUUGCUGAUGCCAAUAUUGAUAUUAUAUGCGGAAUUUCUGGCCAAUCUGUCAAGGAAAUGGCAAGCACCUCCAGUUCUCAACAAAGCGUUACUGUUUCCAACAAGAACAAUGCUGAUAAAGAAUUGUCUAUCUUGAGUGUAAUCAUACAGUCAUUGUGCAAUCUGAGGCAUUUCAGAGAUAAACUUCUGAUGGGGCCACUUGUAUGGAUCCCGUCAGUUGAUAAUCCCUGCAUUGCACAGCAAUUUUAUGAAAUCUUCUCUUCUUGGGAGAAAAACGACCACCACUUAACCGAUGUUGUACUGACUUACAUGAAGACUCUUCUCUGCAGAGUUGCAGAUUGCGGCACUUUUUAUGAAAAGGUUGGGAAAACUUUUGUUUCUGAGAUUGUGGCCACAAUUCUCAUUGAAUUGCAUAUGUCAGAAACUUGUUCGCGUUUUAGAGAAAACAAGGAGACCGAGAGACAUGUAGUGAACCGAAUCACGUGCGGAGAUUGCUUAUGCCCAACACAUUAUCUUUUUGGGAUCAAAUUCGAUGCUCAAAUCAGCUGUAGCUGUGGGAAGUCUUCCGGUGAAUACCUGUAUACCACACUUUUCCAUAAACUUGAUGCCGGUUCACCUCAAACAGCAAAGAUCAAGUCCUUUGCAGAGCUUCCGGUUCUAUUGGAUGAACAGUUCCGCGAGGACAACAAAUGCGACCAUUGUGGAAGUCUGCAGAAUAUUGAUCUUUUUCUUUCAAACACACCACACUUCUUUACAAUAGUUUUGAACUGGCUGGGUGGCAGUGAAAGCCAGGACACACUAUCUGAAGUUCUGGCUAGCAUCACGUCUCCCCUUGACACUGAGUUCUUUUGCAGAAGUGCUCAUUCUGCAGCUAUGUAUGCUGUCACAUCCAUGGUACGUGCACAGCAAACUAUUCUAUUUUCCUAAAUUGAAUUGUUAAUGGAACUGAACAAAUACUUUUAUCAUUUAAUUCUCAUGUUAAGGUAAUCCUGAAAUGAGAAAAAGCAAUGAGCUAUCUGUAUUGGUUGACGUUCAUGACCUUUUGUAAGUUGUGUUGCUAAUUAUUUACUGUUCCUUGACUGUUACUGGAGGCCAAGUUGGUAUUGUUCUAAGACUGAAGCAAGGUUCUUAUUUUUGUGGAACAAAAUGGAUCAUGGUUAAAUGGCGUUGUCACCUGGUUCAAAUUGCCUAGGUUACAUUGACAAGGCAUUUUGCUGCUAUUUCUAAAGAAGUGGAUAGAAGGUUUAAACUAUGAUACAUCAUAUCUGAGUUGGUUCGUACUUGGAGUUGGAGAGAUAUUUGCAAGUUUUGAAUGGUCCUAUCUGUGGCAUAUUUUUUCCUGCCUACUUCUCUUAUAUCAAGAUAUUUAGAAGACUCGACAGAAGAAUUUCAGCAAGAAUCAAUAGCUUGUGUGAUCCUUACGUCGCUGAGUUCUUUUUAUAAACGUUCCAUUGAUUGAACGGUUGAAGAAGUAUCAUAUGUAGGUAAACUGGUUAGACCUUUUAAAGUCUGCUGCUCUCAGAAGUAUAUUUUGCAUUAUUUUCCUUCCCUUUAUAGCGAAUAGGAAAUGGCCUCAUCAAAUCACAUGGAGUGGUUGCAGAACAUCUGCUGGAGUAACCUUUUAUCUGCACACUUCUCUCUCUCUCUCUCUCUCUCUCUCUCUCCCUCUCUCUCUCUGUCUCUCCCUCCCUCUCUCUCUCUCUGUGUGUGUGUGUGUGUGUGUGUGUGUGUUUACUCUUCUGUUGCUUUGAGUAUUAGUACAGGCCUAUUGCAAGAUCUGCUAUGCUGAUGACCGCUACGUCUGCUUUGCUCGCGGCGAGGACAAGUGGGUCAUAUAUGGCUUCGAGACUGUCGAGAGAGAAGAUAGUUGGGAGCAUUUGCUAGAACGCUUCAAGGACUGCAAGCUCCAGCCUGAAGUUCUAUUUUUCGAGGUUAUCAAGUAGACUGUUGUAUAGCUCAUUUGCAGAAUGCAAACCUCUGUCUGACGAUCAGAGCCAACUCUGGGCCCAGUUUUUUUGUUUCAUUGCCACUAUUUUGAUGCUGUUUGGCUUGGUCACACUCUGACAUCGAAUACAGAUAAAUUCUUCAGAGA